AUGCCUCAGAACGGAAUCCAUCGUGCAAAGUGCCUGAAGAAGGACACGACCUCCGUAUCAAUGAGAUUACGGUCAACGUAUGAAGCUACACUGAUUCAACACUACCAAUACGAUUCAUAUCAAGUCAUCGAGCUGUCCAAGAUGCCUUCCUUUGCAGAUCUCCCUAUCAACAGGAACUCCACUCCAGUCCCCUUUACGGUGUCAGUAUCGGAGCAACAACUAAUUGAGUUUCGGACCCUACUCAAGCUAUCGAAGAUUGGACCAAGAACUUAUGAAAAUGAGCUGACCGACGGUCGGUUCGGUAUCAGCCGAGACUGA